UAUAAAAUUUAAACCAUGAAGUCUUUGGAGAUCGUUCUUUUGUGGAUUCUUUUGGGCUCGAUGACCAAAAUGCUCGGGGGAGCAGUAAUGACUGGCCCUGAGCCAAAGUCGGUGGCCAAUUUCACUUCGGAAGUGGAGAGGGAUGUGUGCUUGCCCGAGGAACGAUACAAACACACUGGGUUGGAGGCCGAUGUGGAGUCGGUGUUGGAUAUCUUCAUCUGGCCCCUAGCGUACUUUUUCAGCUCUGCGCGGAAGGCAGCUGCACGCCGACGCGAAAAUAUUUCGAUUCUCAGAGAGGUCCAAAGUCUAAGCAAUCAGUAUCGCCGCCGCCAACUUCGUGACCUUCAAGAGGAGAAGGAGGAGGAGGAUGAGAAGAGUCCGGCUAAGAUAGUCAUCCGUUUAUUCAACGAUUGGAAUAAUAAUCUUUUGGAUACUAAUGAACUGAUCGGCAAUCUGACCUUGAAUAUUCGACCCAUACUCCAAGGUCCAGUGGUCAAUUUUCCUCGGUUGAACUUGAUACCUGAAGACUAUAUUAUGAAGCUACCCCCUCAACGAUUCGUGGCCGAAAAAAACAUGACUUUUUCUCGUUAAUUCAAUUGUAUUCUCAAAACUAGUAGCAUAUUAAUCUAUAUAACAUUGUUUGCAAUUUUCAUAUUGUUCUUAAAAUUGUUAGCUUAAAAAUAAAAAAAAUCGAUUCAGUUCUUCGGGGCUGGACCGUA